AUGCGCCGGGCCUCACUCCUCCCGCUGCUGCUUGCGGCGGCGGCCGCGGUUUCCGCCGAGCCGGCGUCCACGCUGUCCGGGCCGGCGCGGUCGGUGACGGUGCCGCUCGGGGACAGGGGCCACGCGGUGGACCUGCCGGACACGGACCCGCGGGUGCAGCGCCGCGUCACGGGCUGGGCGCCCGAGCAGGUCGCCGUCGCGCUCUCCGCCGAGUCCACCUCCGCCUGGAUCUCCUGGAUUACAGGGGAGUUCCAGAUGGGCGGCGCCGUCAAGCCGCUGGACCCCAGCACCGUGGGCAGCGUCGUGCGCUACGGCCUCGCCGCCGACUCCCUCCUCCACGAGGCCGCCGGCGAGUCGCUCGUGUACAGCCAGCUCUACCCCUUCGAGGGCCUCCAGAACUACACCUCCGGCAUCAUCCACCAUGUCCGCCUCCAAGGACUGGAGCCCGGGACCAAGUACUACUACCAGUGCGGCGACCCGGCCAUCCCCAACGCCAUGAGCGGCGUCCACGCGUUCCGGACGAUGCCGGCCGUCGGGCCCAAGAGCUACCCGGGGAGGAUCGCCGUGGUCGGGGACCUUGGCCUCACGUACAACACCACGUCCACGGUGGAGCACAUGGUGCGCAACCAGCCCGACCUGGUGCUCCUCCUCGGCGACGUCUGCUACGCCAACCUCUACCUGACCAACGGCACGGGAACGGACUGCUACUCGUGCACCUUUGCCAAUUCCACGCCCGUCCACGAGACCUACCAGCCGCGCUGGGACUACUGGGGAAGGUACAUGGAGCCCGUGACGUCCAGCAUCCCGAUGAUGGUGGUCGAAGGGAACCAUGAGAUCGAGGAGCAGAUCCACAACAAGACGUUUGCGUCUUACAGCUCCAGGUUCGCGUUCCCGUCAGAGGAGAGCGGAUCCUUCUCCCCGUUCUACUACUCGUUCGACGUCGGUGGCAUCCACUUCUUCAUGCUCGCGGCGUACGUCGACUACAAGAAAUCAGGUGAGCAAUACCGGUGGCUGGAGAAAGACUUGGAGAAGGUGGACAGGUCAGUGACACCGUGGCUGAUAGCCGGCUGGCACGCGCCCUGGUACACCACCUACAAGGCUCACUACAGGGAGGCCGAGUGCAUGAGGGUGGAGAUGGAGGAGCUCCUCUACUCGUACGGCGUCGACGUCGUCUUCACCGGCCAUGUGCACGCGUACGAGCGAUCCAACCGGGUGUUCAACUACACGCUGGACCCGUGCGGCCCCGUGCACAUCUCGGUGGGUGACGGCGGCAACCGGGAGAAGAUGGCGACGAGCCACGCCGACGAGGCCGGCCACUGCCCGGACCCGGCGUCGACGCCGGACCCCUUCAUGGGCGGCUUCUGCGCCUCCAACUUCACGUCGGGCCCCGCCGCCGGGAGCUUCUGCUGGGACCGGCAGCCGGAGUACAGCGCCUACAGGGAGAGCAGCUUCGGGCACGGCAUCCUGGAGGUGAAGAACGAGACGCACGCGCUCUGGCGGUGGCACCGCAACCAGGACCUGCACGCCACCGUCGGCGACGAGGUUUACAUCGUCCGGGAGCCCGACAAGUGCCUCGUCAAGUCGACCAGACUAGCCUACUGAUUAGUGAUUACUAGCUCGUUAGUUACUCCGUAGUUGGUUAUUACCAAAUUAAGUCACCGGAUUGGUCAGUUAUCUCUCGGCAUGCAGAGAUCAAAUUACAUUGUUCUUCCUAUAUCUACAAAUAUAAGUAUUUUGGGGUUCAUCUAAA